CGUCUCCCUGUCUUCAUUGAGAUUGGCUUGGUCUUCAGUGUACUAAGGUUAAGGUACAAGUACAAGAUCGAAAAGAAUGCAUUGCAUGAACAUUGGGAUGCCCAAGAAAAAAGGAAGGAGGGGAAGAAUCAACACGAAAGAACAUCAAAUCGUAAGUUUAUGAAAAUAAAAAAAAAAGCGUGACGUGACGAGAAUUUGGAAUUCGAGAUGUUAGAAGGUGCAAAAUCAAUGGGUGCCGGAGCUGCUACAAUUGCUUCAGCGGGAGCUGCAGUCGGUAUUGGAAACGUCUUCAGCUCAUUGAUCCAUUCCGUGGCGCGAAAUCCAUCAUUGGCAAAACAAUUAUUUGGUUAUGCCAUUUUGGGCUUUGCUCUAACCGAAGCUAUUGCAUCGUUUGCUCCAAUGAUGGCUUUUUUGAUCUCAUUCGUAUUCUGAUAAAA